AUGCCAUGCACCAAUGAUGCUGUCAAGAUCCGGCAAGACUCAAGAACAAGCUCGAGUAUAUGGUCAUCACCAAGGCUCACUUUCCGGAGCUCAACGGUGCCGACAACAAGAAGCUCGUUCACUACGUCAGGACCUGGGCGACGGGUCAACACAAUCAUCCAUUCAAAAGGAGCGACUCCAGGCUAUAUCCAGCAGCGAGUGAAAGGAUACAAUCUGAAAUGGCCGACAUUACGAGAAUGGCUGAUUCGCCACUUUGUGGACCACCCAGAACUAGAGGCCAGUCUCCUUCACACGCAGGGGUGUGUGCAGGACAACUAUUACUUCUGGAUACCCUCUGUCCUGAAUGAGACGGACUUCCAUGAGAUCGAUGCCCUCAGAGUCAAGAACACAGCAGUAACGAAUCGCGACAUCCACCGUCCUUACACGCCCGACCACAACCCAGACGAUUCCGGCGAUGAUGCAUAG